AUGAAAUCGGAAAUUCCAGUUUUUACAGUGCUAAAGAACAAUUCUAUUCUCAAGAAUAUCUAUCUCCUGGACAACCCACCUUCAUUACCUUCUUCUUCAGUGGAAUUCAACUCCAAGUAUGGAAAAGAAUCAAUGAAGGAAGAAACAUUGUUGGUUGGACGCCAUCCCGAUUGCAAUAUCGCAUUGGAACAUCCCAGUAUUAGCAGAUUCCACCUCCGUGUCCAUUCCAACCCUUCCUCGCACUUCCUCUCUGUCAUUGACUUGAAUUCUGGUACAAUUUCUCCUCUUUUCACUUUCUUGUUAUGUGUUUACACAAGUUUUGAAAUCUUGAUUUGGGGAUUUCCUUUUUGCCUUGGAAGUUGGAUCGUGUGCUUUUGA